GUGUUUGAGGAAUUCUGUCUAAAACUUCUUUGAAGCAUAAUUUAUUGAUACCGAGGCUUCGUAUGCUGGAGAAACUGCGAGUCGCGAAAUGGCGCCGGUUGCGAAGGGGAACCUAAGCGAGUCUGAGCAAAAACUUCUAGAUAACAUCCUAAAGGGUUCUACCCAAGAGAUAGCAGCAUUGUUGAAGCAACCUGAUGUUUGUGUUGAUUGUCUUGAUCAGACAGGGAUGACACCACUUCAACAUGCGGCUUUCAAAGGCAGAACUGAUGUUUGUCAGCUGCUUCUGGAAAAUGGAGCAGAUGUGAACAGUAAUCACCAUGAAAAUGGCUACUCAGCACUUCACUUUGCUGCUUUGUCUGGUAACCCUGCUGUGACACGAUUAAUACUGGAAGCAGGAGCCAAGAUAGAUCAUCUAAAUUCUGUCAAUCGCACAGCUGCACAAAUGGCUGCCUUUGUUGGUCAGCAUCAGUGUGUACGGACUAUCAACAACUUUUUCCCUAAGGAAAGGCUCGAAAAAUUCACAAAACAACAAGGGUUUGAGACAGAGCCAAAGUUGCCACCAAAUCUACAGUUGCCCUUUUUACGAUUAAUCAAUUCCACUAACAUUCACCCUGUGAAGGUGGCCAUGUUUUUGAAGGACAAUAAGGAAUUGGUGCUUGAUGCUUAUAAGGUAGCCAAAGUCCUGGAUAUUCUUGUGGAAGAAAGCAUGAAGUCCCGAGAUACAAAUGAUGUGCUGGCCAUUAAAUGCCACUAUUUUGCCACCCUCAUUCGCCAGGCCAGCAAGUUCCUCAAAAAACCAGAUGACACGCUUGAUGGCUUUGUUAAAAGUCUUGUUAAAGGCCGAGAUGUGGACGGAUUUCCUGAAAUGCAAGAGAGGAUCAUACGGCAGUGUUUGAAAGAAUUUCCAUAUAUAGAGUCACAGCUGCUGCAACAGCUUGUCCAGCAGAUAGCGCCUGUUAAAAUUGGGGAUGCUCCAACGGCAUUGACAACACUUGUCUCGGGGAUAUAUGGACCUGUGUGGGAGGAUGACAGCAGCUGUUGGACAUGUGGAGAACUGAAGGCAGAGAAAAAAUGCAGUGCCUGUAAAUGUGUGAGUUAUUGUGAUCAGGUGUGCCAGAAAUUACACUGGCCCACACACAAAAAGUUCUGCAAAAGCAUGGCAGAGGCAUACCAAACAAGAGAACAGGAAAGGCUGAAAGAGGAGGCUGAGAAAGAACAGAGCAAGAAAGAGAUGGAAAAGCUUGAGGCACAGAUAAAACAGACAUCUGUAUCAGAGGACAGUGAAGGGAAUAUGCGGAGUGGAGAGACUGCUGUCCAGCAAGAGGAGGUGGCUUCCAGUCAAACAGAGCUGAGGAUGGUAGCAGAGACUGAUACACUGACAGGCUCAGCUGAAAAUGAUAGGAAGGUGUUGGCCGAAAACAUCGAGAAAUCAAAAAGCUAAAAGGCUUGGAUGAAGAUGACAGUAAAAAUAAUCAGCUUAAAACUGAAUGUGACACUAAGUUCACAGAGUUGACUUCCUCAAAUAUGAUGCAGAAAAUUGAGAUUUAAGGAGACAUUCAAUGAGAAUGAAUGGCUGAAAGGUCUGAAACAUUAGGGUUUAUUUAUCAGAGCAAACAAACAAGGGAAAAAAAGAGGGAGAAUGUGUGCAUGUAAACAUUUCUUGACCACAUGAAAAUCAUGUCAUUUAUUAGGGUGGAAUUUACUGUUAUCAUAGUACUAUCACGUUAGUGUUACAGGCUGCUGCUUCAAAUGGUUGUAAGAAUUGUGCAAUAGUUGGAAAUGCAGCAGUAAGAAAUGUUUACCUUGAUUUUGUGUUGCUGUUGUAUUUAUUGGUGCUUUCAGCAAGUGAUCAUGAAUGUCUUAUUGCAGGGAUGUUUCUCUUUUUGUUUUUCCUGUUUCAGAGGCUUUGUAGAGCAACCUUAUUGUGAGGAUCCUGUAUCACCUUAAAUUUCUUCUUUUUCUUUGUUCUCAUUUCUUUAUAAAUACAGCAAAAAAUGCAAGAAGCAGGGACAGUACAAAGGAGAUAUGGACAGAUCUGCAGUCAGAGGCUGAAAACUAAAGCAUUUCUGACUUAUUUGUUGUUAAACACUUGAGGUUAAGUUCAAACAUUUUUAUUUCUCUGCAUUUAUAUAUAUAUAAAAAUCCUUUUGAUGUUCUGUACUCACAAUAUUCCACUUUUAAAUGUUUACAUGAGUGCCUCUUUCACUUCACUAGUUGACAGUUCUCCACUUCUGGCAGUCAUAGGUGAGAUGUGAAAACCUUAGUAACUUUUGUUUACUUAGCAGCUGCUAAAAUGGAAUGAUGAAAUUUAACAAAAUAAUUUCGCUGUCACUAGUUACAGAUAAUGCUCUCUGGACACUGGCAGCUUCUUUACCUUGCACAAGACUUUAAUAAAGACCACAUUUUGUCUAUCACCGGUUCAACAGUUUUAUUAAAAUAAAUCUGGUUUUUAUCAUGUGGCUUAUUGUUUUAUGCUUGAGGCCAUUUUCAAAUGGGCAAAGUGCCAAAGCAUUGGACCCCAAAGUCUCCUUAGGUUUCAUUGGCAAAUGUUUGAGCAGGCAAGUUUAGACAUAGCAUAUUGAUCAAAGCUCCAUGGUCCUGAAUGUUUGCCCCCAAACAUUAUGACUUUUACCGACAACUUUGCCAAACCUGGUCAAUGAUGCUUCAAAGGGCCUUCCUUUUGCAAUAAACUUUGAUAUGGUUUAUUGUCUGCUGAUAUUAACUCCAUUUUAUUGUGAGUUGUUAUUCUAUGUUUUAUGGUUCAAUUAACAGGAUAGCAAAUAUUUUACUCACUGUUCAUGGUGUGAUUUUUGCCCCUUGUUACUUUGGAGCAAAGACAACAAAUGCAGAUUUCUAGAAGUAAAUAAAGGGUUCAAACCACUGAAAA